UCUUGUACAGGUGUACCGGCUCCUCCCCUUCAAUCUUGUACUGGUGUACCGGCUCCUCCCCUUCAGUCUUGCACAGGUGUACCGGCUCCUCCCCUUCAAUCUUGUACUGGUGUACCGGCUCCUCCCCUUCAGUCUUGUACAAGUGUACCGGCUGUACAAAUGUGCAAGACUGAAGGGGAGGAGCUGGUUACCUGUAGAAGAAUGAAGGGGAGGAGCCGGUACACCUGUGCAAGACCGAAGGGGAGGAGCCGGUACACCUGUGCAAGACCGAAGGGGAGGAGCCGGUACACCUGUGCAAGACUGGAGGGGAGGAGCCGGUACACCUGUGCAAGCCUGGAGGGGAGGCCGGAGUUCGGC